GGGAAAUGGCUGCUUCCAGAAGCAGUUGUUAACACAGGGAGCUACAGCAAUUCAAGAAAAAAAAAACCAAAACAAAAAAACAAACACAAAAACAAAGCGGGAAAACAGGUAGAAGCGCUGCAUUUUACUGAACGCAAUCGUAUAAGAAUAACUGUGGUAACACCCCCAUUCCUCCCAGAACAUUUUAAGGAAGAGACAGCAUUUCUGUUCUUCACAGCGUGCGGCUACACUUAGGUGAAAGAAUGCCUCCCAAGAUCACCACUGAGCUGCUUCGGCAGUUGCGCCAAGCAAUGAAAAACAGCAAGUAUAUCUCGGAGCCCAUACAGGCUUACAUUGUGCCAUCAGGGGAUGCACACCAGAGUGAAUACAUAGCACCGUGUGACUGCAGACGGGAGUUUAUCUCUGGAUUUAAUGGCUCUGCAGGCACUGCUAUUAUCACAGAGAAGCAUGCAGCAAUAUGGACAGAUGGGCGCUAUUUUCUGCAGGCGGCCCAGCAGAUGGACAAAAACUGGACUCUCAUGAAGAUGGGUUUAAAGGAAACUCCUUCCCAGGAAGAUUGGCUGCUAAGUGUUCUUCCUGAGGGUUCAAAGGUUGGAGUUGAUCCCUGGAUCAUACCUGCAGAUCAGUGGAAGCACAUGUCUAAAGCCCUGACCAGUGCUGGGCACUCUCUUGUCCCUGUUCAAGAAAACCUAAUUGAUCCAUUUUGGACGGAUCGAUCAGCCCGACCCAGUUCACCCUUAAUAGUUCUGGGACUGAAUUACACAGGCAUGACUUGGCAGGAUAAGAUCACAUCGUUACGGACAAAGAUGGCUGACAGAAAGAUCACCUGGUUUGUUAUCACAGCGUUGGAUGAAAUCGCAUGGCUUUUUAAUCUCCGUGGCGCAGAUAUUGAGUAUAACCCAGUGUUCUUUGCCUAUUCCAUAAUUGGGAGAAGCACCAUCAGGCUUUUCAUAAAUGGAGACCGUAUGGCUGAUCCAGCUGUGAAGGAACAUCUGCAGUUAAACGCCUCACCUAAGCCUGAGUUUAAAGUCCAGGUUCUCCCAUACGAAUCAAUCUUGACAGAGCUGCAGGGCAUCUGUGGUGGGCUUGGUCCGAAGGAGAAAGUGUGGAUCAGUGACAAAGCCAGCUUUGCGCUGACAGAGACCAUUCCAAAGAUCCACAGAUCCCCAACUCCAUCCACACCCAUAUGCCUCGCAAAGGCAGUGAAGAACGCCACUGAAAUUGAAGGCAUGAGGAGGGCACAUAUCAAAGAUGCGGUUGCGCUCUGUGAACUGUUUGCAUGGUUAGAUAAAGAGAUCCCAAAGGGCACAGUGACAGAAAUAUCAAGUGCUGACAAAGCUGAAGAACUUCGCCGUCAACAGAAAGACUUUGUGGACUUGAGUUUUCCCACAAUUUCUGCCGUUGGACCGAAUGGUGCUAUCAUUCAUUACAGUCCACUUCCAGAAACCAACCGGACCCUUAGCCUCAAUGAACUGUACCUGAUAGAUUCCGGAGCUCAGUUCAAGGAUGGAACAACUGAUGUAACCCGGACAAUUCAUUUUGGCACCCCUACAGCUUAUGAAAAGGAAUGCUUCACCUAUGUCCUGAAAGGCCACAUAGCUGUAAGCGCUGCAGUUUUUCCCAAUGGAACCAAAGGGCACCUUCUGGACUCAUUUGCCCGCUCUGCUCUCUGGGAGUCUGGUCUCGAUUACCUUCAUGGGACGGGACAUGGAGUAGGGUGCUUUCUGAAUGUCCACGAGGGCCCCUGUGGAAUCAGCUACAAAACCUUUGCUGACGAACCUCUUGAGGCAGGGAUGAUAGUCAGCGAUGAACCUGGAUUUUAUGAGGAUGGAUCUUUUGGAAUUCGAAUUGAAAAUGUUGUACUUGUGGUUCCUGCCAAACCGAAGUACAACUACAGGAACCGAGGCAGUCUGACUUUUGAACCACUUACUCUUGUCCCCAUUCAAGUAAAAAUGAUGAAUACUGACAUGUUAACGCAAAAGGAGAGAGACUGGGUGAAUGAGUACCACAAGCAGUGCAGAGAGGUGGUCGGGGCUGAGCUGGAGAGGCAAGGUCGGCAUGCUGCUCUUCAGUGGCUAAUCAGGGAAACUCAGCCCAUUGCAUAACUGCACUGCUCGAUUUAACAGUCUAAUCAGCAGCGAAUGGAACAAGAAGAUCCUUAUCUCAUCAUUUAUCUUCAGAAAAAAAGUGACAGUUUCAAAAUCUUGUGGCUAAAGUCUCCACAAUUGUUUGCUUAUUUUAUAAAAAAAUGCAUACAGAUUAAUACAGUUGACAUAAUA